AUGCUUGGAGCUUCUCACAAGGCUGAUGUCGAUGCUUCGAGGAGGAUCAGACGCGGUACGAGAGCUGAGGAUAUGCAAGAAGGACCGCCGCUUGUCGAGCUCCAGCAAAUCGAUUCGGCCUUUCAACUCACCGAACACCUCAAAGCCCUACACAACGAACACACGCAGUCAUGUCGCGUCGCCAUAGACAAAGCCACGGCGCAAUCGCUAGCCCAACCACCGCCCGGUGUCGAUCGCGGAAUCUGGUUGUACGAGCUGUGUCGCUUCCUCACACAAAAGGCAAACAUGAUGGCCUGCGCUCUCUUUGCCGACGACCCUCCCUGCUCAGCUGCUACCUGCCCCGAGAUGCGCGCUAGCGAAUGGCAGUACCUCUGCGCCGCCCACGAACCUCCCAAAUCAUGUUGCGCCAUCGACUACUGCUGCCACACCCUCGAUUGGUGCGCUACUGCAUUGACCUCGACCAAGCUCUUCCCCAGCAGGCUCGGUCUGGGUACUGAGACGCUCUCGGCUCAAGCACAAAUCCGUAAGAUGACCGAAGUCUUCCGCCGAGUCUAUCGCAUCUUUGCCCAUGCCUGGUUCUCUCACAGAGACGUCUUCUGGAGAGUUGAGUCUAAGACGGGUCUAUACUUGCUAUUCAAGACUGUUUGCGACGAAUAUCGCUUGAUUCCUGAGGACAAUUAUACCAUUCCUCCUGAAGCAGAAGGCAUCGAGACCACACCCGUCGCUACUCGCGCUGUGCCUACCAUCCUACAGAGAGAUUCGCCUGAUAUAGAGCCCGCUGCUAGUCUCACAGUUGUCUCCGGAAACACCACAAAGAGGCACAGACACACCAUGAGCCACGAUCGUUCCGUUUCCGUUUCGACUGUUAUCCAUGAAGAGGUUGAAGAGGAUGAAGAUGGCGAACAGCCCACUGGACAUGGUCCUCUCCUGCUCACACGAGUCGAGACCGCCCGGCAUGAGGACGGGCCCCCUGCCCAACAAGAACAAGAACAAGAACAAGACCAGGAGAAGGAACAAGAAAUACCCGCCGAAGACCCUCCACCUUAUGCAGAAGACUCUGUUCUAGAGCAGCCAGAGAAAUCACAACUCACAGAAGAGGCGCUCACCAACCCUGAGACGGAUGCUGCAGAAGCUUCUGCGUCAAAUUCCACACCAGAGACGAAAACAAAAGACGAGAAAGAGACAGAUGGUUACCCGUCAAGUGACCCUCCCUCAUAUGCCGAGAUUGCUUCGACAGCUAGCACUUCAGAAACGAAAAAUGAUACCGCACCUACCUCCGCUGUCGAAGAGGAGCCACCCACAGACUCGACUUCACCUACAAAGGCAGAGCCAACGGAGACAAGUGAACAGGAUACGACAAGAGGCACGAAUGUGGAAGACUCGGAACCCAAGACCGAGACGGAAGAUGACGAGGCGCCAGCAGAGAAACCUUCUUUCGAGGCAGAGGACGAAGCUGCUCCUAAACCCUCAGAGGUUGCUAACUCAGACGCUGCGGACGAGACGGAAGCAACAAAGACUGUAGCCGACUGA